CUCGCGCGCACACACAAACAAACAUGGCGGCGAGGCGGACGGGUACGAUGCUCGUUGCGGGUCGCUGCGCGGUGUUUGUGCUGGUGUUGCUGGUUCCCUGCUCGCUUUGCUCCACGCUCCGGCUUCACCCGGACCCCCGGCUCAUGCUGCCGCAGGACAGAGGCUUUUCCCUGCUCGGAGUGUCUGAGGAUGUCCCGGAGAGCCGCGCGGAGCGGCAGCAGCAGCAGCAGCAGCGAGCCCGCAGGAGCAGCGCGGACUCCGCCGGCCCGAGGGUUUACGGACGGGCCAACCUGAAUGACUCUCAUAACCAGAUGGUUGUGCACUGGGCUGGAGAGAAGAGUAACGUCAUCGUAGCUUUGGCAAGAGACAGCGUUGGAGCCACCGACCCGAAGAGCAGCUCGGUUUAUGUGUCGUAUGACUAUGGAACCACUUUCAUCCAUAUAUCAGAUAAGUUUGACCUGUCUGGCGGGAAGGACAACAGCAAGCAGGUGAUCUCGCAGUUCUACCACAGCCCUGCUGAUAACAGACGCUACCUUUUUGCGGACACCAAAAACAGUUACCUUUGGAACACCUUUGAUUUCUGCAAGAGCGUCCAGGGAUUCUCCAUCCCCUUCAAACCCACAGACCUGCUCCUGCACAGCAAGAGACCAAACCUGGUCCUGGGUUAUGACAGUUCCCACCCGAAUAAGCAGCUGUGGAAGUCAGAUGACUUUGGAGAAACAUGGGUGCUGAUUCAAGAACAUGUCAAGUCCUACUUCUGGGGAGUCGAGCCAUAUGACAGCUCAACCACAGUGCUGGUCCAGAGGCACGAACCCCAGGGUGUUUCCAGGAUUCUCAGCAGCACCGACUUCUUCCAGAGUGAGGAAAACCGACACAUCAUUCUGGAAAGGGUGGACAGCUUUCAGCUCCGAGACAAGUACAUGUUUGCUACGACAACCAGGACGCUGCUUGGGAGUCAUGAGCCACAGCCGGUCCAGCUAUGGGUCUCCUACAACCGCCAGCCCAUGAAAGCGGCUCAGUUUAACACUCGCCACCCUAUCACUGAGUAUUACAUCGCAGACGCCUCGGAGGAUCAGGUGUUUGUGUGUGUGAAUCACAACAACAACGUCACCCACCUGUACAUCUCAGACACGCAGGGACUCGCCUUUUCUCUCUCUCUGGAGAAUGUGCUGUAUUACAGCCCCGAGGGUUCAGGAAGCAACACGCUCAUCAGGUACUUUGCCAACGAGCCGUUUGCAGACUUGCACCGUGUGGAGGGCCUGCGUGGCGUGUUCGUAGCCACGCUCAUCAACGGCUCGCUCAGCGAAGACAACAUGCGCUCGGUGAUCACCUUCGACAAGGGAGGCACCUGGGAGUUGCUGCAGCCGCCAAGUUCCGACAGCCUCGGGGGCUCUAUUGAUUGCCAGAUUUCGAAAGGCUGCUCCCUGCACUUGGCUCAGCGCUGGAGUCAGUUGCUGAAUAUUCAGCUUCGCAGGAUGCCCAUUCUGAGCAAAGAGUCUGCACCUGGCCUCAUCAUGGCGACAGGAUCUGUGGGAAGGAACCUGGCCAAUAAGCCCAACGUUUACGUCUCGAGCAGCGCCGGAGCAAGGUGGAGAGAGGCUCUGGCUGGUCCUCACUUCUACACCUGGGGGGACCAUGGAGGCAUCCUGAUGGCGAUUUCCCAGGGCGGCGCCACCAAAACGCUCAAGUUCAGCACUAAUGAGGGCGAGACAUGGAACGAGUUCCAGUUCUCCCAGCAGGAGGUCUACGUGUACCAGCUGCUGACCGAGCCGGGCGAAAAGAGCACCAUCUUCACUAUCUUUGGCUCCUACGCUGAUCAGACACACAGCUGGCUCAUUCUUCAGGUCAACGUCAGCGAUGUGCUCGGUGUGCCAUGCUCUGAGGGUGACUAUAAACCCUGGUCUCCAUCUGAUGAGCGAGGAAACGGUUGCGUUCUGGGCCGCGAGUUGCUCUUCAAGCGUCGCUCGCCACACGCAACCUGCUUCAACGGCGAAGACUUUGAUCGACCGGUCAGCCUGUCCAACUGCUCCUGCACGCGUCAGGACUACGAAUGUGAUUAUGGCUUCAAGCUGAGUGAGGACUUUUCUCUUCAAGUGUGUGUUCCUGAUCCGGAGUUUUCCGGCAACUUGUACGCCCCUCCUAUGCCCUGUCCGGUGGGCACGACGUACCGCCGCAGCAAAGGGUACAGAAAAGUGCCUGGUGAUAGCUGUACUGGUGGAGAUGUCGAGGCCCGGCUAGAUGGAGAGAUGCUCCCAUGUCCAGUCGGAGAGAGUAAUGAAUUCAUCCUGUACGCCGUGAGGAACUCGAUCCACCGCUAUGACCUGGCUACGGGUGUGGACCAGCCCCUGCCUCUCUCAGGCCUCCGUGAGGCGGUGGCUCUGGACUUUGACUACGAGAGGAACUGCCUCUACUGGGCCGACAUUUCACUCGACACCAUACAGAGGCUGUGUUUGAAUGGCAGUUCGGGCCAGGAGGUGAUUGUUAGGAAAGGCCUGGAGAACGUCGAGGCUCUGACCUUUGACCCCGUCAGCCGACUUCUCUACUGGGUCGAUGCUGGCUCUCAGAAGAUAGAGGUCUCAAAUCCUGAUGGGGAUCUGAGAUGCACCCUGGUCAACUCUUCCGUUUUGGAGCAUCCUCGAGCCCUGGCCCUUAUGCCUGGAGAGAGCCUGAUGUUCUGGACGGACUGGGGGGACAGAGCAGGCGGCGUAUACCGCAGCUGGAUGGACGGCUCUAACGUGUCCCGCAUCGUGUCAGACGGAGUGCGCUGGCCCAACGGCAUCACAACUGACGAGCACUGGCUGUACUGGACCGAAGCGUACGGAGACCGCAUUGAGAGAUCGGACUUCACCGGGGGACAGCGCACGGUGCUCAUGGAGGGGCUGCCACAUCCUUACGCUAUAGCGGUAUUUAAGAAUGACCUCUACUGGGAUGACUGGUCAAGAAUGGGCAUCUUCAAGGCACCUAAAUCAGGCUCACUGAAGAGCGAGCUCCUCGUUGGAAGGCUGACCGGUGUCAUGGACCUUAAAAUCUUCUAUAAGGGCAAAGCCAGAGGUCAUAAUGCAUGUGCAGAUCAGCCAUGCACACUGCUGUGUUUGCCCCGGCCAGGCCACAGGCAUAGCUGUGUGUGUCCAGAUGGAGUAGCCACCACCAGACUGCCCUCAGGAGAGCUCCAGUGUCAGUGUCCCAGCGGGUACCAGCUCCGGAACAGCACAUGUGUGAAGACGGAACACACUUGUCUGCCGAACCAGUACCGAUGCUCGAACGGCAAGUGUAUCAGCAGCAUCUGGAAGUGCGACAGCGACAAUGACUGUGGUGAUAUGAGCGAUGAGCAGGAAUGCCCCACCACCUCUUGUGAUCCAUCCGUGCAGUUCCGCUGUGUAGCUUCAGGCUCAUGCAUCCCUUUGGCUUUCAAGUGUGAUCAUGAGGAUGAUUGUGGUGACAACAGUGAUGAGGAGCACUGCGACUCUCAUCAGUGUGGGCCGGCGGAGUUCACCUGUGCGAGAGGAGUGUGUAUCCGAGACACCUGGCGCUGUGAUGGUGAUAAUGACUGCCGUGACUGGUCUGACGAGGCCAAUUGCACUGUGGGCCACCACACGUGUGAGAGCAGCAGUUUCCAGUGUCACACAGGACACUGCAUUCCUCAGCGCUGGGUGUGUGACGGUGAUGAUGACUGUCAGGACGGCUCUGACGAGGAACCCACUCACUGUGAGGGAGAUCGCUGUAACGGCUUCCUGUGUUCCAACGGUACGUGCUUACCCGCCAGCUCCCACUGUAACGGCGUGGUGGAGUGCCCAGGGGGCGCCGACGAGCAGCACUGCGAUCCGUUGUGCACGCGCUACAUGGAGUUUGUGUGCAGGAACAGAGCUCAGUGUCUCUUCCAGUCGCUGGUGUGUGACGGCACGAAGCACUGCUCCGACGGCUCGGACGAGGACGCAGCGUAUGCCGGCUGCUCCACAAAUCCUGAAUUUGAGAAGAAAUGUGACGCGUACAGUUUCCAGUGCUCCAAUGGCAUGUGUGUGAGUCUGGACUGGAAGUGUGACGGAAUGGACGACUGUGGUGAUUACUCGGACGAGGCAAACUGUGCAGGUUCUCCCACCGAAGAGCCGGGAUGCUCACGCUACUUCCAGUACGAGUGUAAGAACGGCCGCUGCGUGCCCACGUGGUGGAAGUGCGAUGGUGAGAAUGACUGCGGAGACUGGUCUGAUGAGGCGCAAUGCACAGAUGGACUCUCUCCCCACACUCCCGCCCCGGGCCCUGCCACGUGCGCCCCGAACUAUUUCCGCUGCAGCUCUGGAGCGUGUAUCGUGAAUAACUGGGUGUGUGACGGUUAUGCUGAUUGCCCUGAUGGCAGUGAUGAAGUGGGCUGCCCCACAGCCUCCAACAGCUCGGUGACUCAGAUGCCCGUACCGACUCGUGCCCAUGACCCUACUAGCCGUUGUUCCAAAGGGCAGUUCCUGUGUCGUAAGCCGCCCACAUGCAUCCCGGAAUGGCAGCGUUGUGACGGUAACCGCAAUUGCCAAGACGACUCGGAUGAGACUGGCUGUCCUACACGUGAGCCUCUGGUGUGUAUGAACGGGACACUGUGUGCUGACCGGGAAGCAUGUGUACUGGAGAGUGAAAGGUGUGAUGGCUUCUUAGACUGCUCAGACCACAGUGAUGAGGACAACUGUACCGCCGACCAGCUGGUGUAUAAAGUCCAGAACCUGCAGUGGCACGCAGACUUCUCCGGCACGGUCACACUCACCUGGUCCCGGCCCAAAAACAUGCCGCAGUCCUCUUGCUCCUUCCUCAUCUACUACAGGCUGGUAGGGACUCAACAGUGGACCACCAUGGACACACACAGCAACAAGAGCAGCUAUACUCUGAGUGUGCUGAGGCCAGACACCACCUACCAGGUGAAAGUGGUGACGCAGUGCCUCAGCAAGCAGCACAAGACCAACGAGGUGCUCACACUGCGGACGCCCGAGGGACUGCCUGAUCCUCCUCAGGCUUUGCAGCUAAGCUACGAUAGUGCAGAGGACGGCACAGUGCUGUGCUCCUGGAGUCCUCCAGCUAACGCCCAUGGCUUCAUCAGAGAGUACAUUGUGGAGUACAGCGAGAAGGGCAGUUCAGAGUGGUUUUCCCAGAGAAGUACUACGACCAGUACGGAGGUUAAGAGCUUGCAGCCCAGUGCCCUCUACAGGUUCAGGGUUGCUGCAGUCACCAGCAGAGGGGUGGGUAACUGGACAGAGAUCAAAUCCAUCAUCCCUCAGAAAGCUUUGGCUCCCCCGGUUACAAAGAUCACAAGCAUCACGGAAGACACACUGAAACUCGCCAUCAGCUCUGACUACAAGGCUAAACACUAUGUGGUGGUGCUUUCUUGGGUUUUCGACAAGCACGUAAAAGAAAACAGGAACUACACGGUCUCGGCUACUCUUACAGCCACUAAUCUGACAGCAGGGACGGUGUAUGAAGUGGCAGUGUGGGCACAUACCGCUGAUGGAGACAGUCCCACAGCCCUGACACGCCUACAGACAGUAGGAACACAGCCAGAACAACCAGUGCUCAAAUCCCGGGCACUCAAUCAAACCGCAGUGGACUGCAGCUGGACUGGACCUCAGGCACAGAUGUAUGGUGUGUUCUAUGCCACCUCCUUCCUGGACCUAUACCGCCGGCCCCGCAGUGUGAACAGCACAAGCACCAGUAUAACCGUCACCGUGGACAGCGAUGAGCAGUAUCUCUUCCUUGUGCGGGUGAUCUCACCGUAUCUGGGCCCUCCGUCAGAAUCAACUGUAGUGAAGAUGAUCCCGAAUGAAAGGCUUCCUCCACGCAACCUGCAUAAAGUCCACGUGGAUAAAACACAGGCCACACUGAAAUGGCAGCCACCAUAUGACUCCCCCAGCUCUCCUCUGACGUAUGUAGUACAUUUGAGGGACACGGUGCGGAAGAUGGAGCGUGAUUAUAAAGUCACCACGCAGAACAACACAGUGGAGUACAGCCUUAAGGGACUGGAGCCUGGCGGUCGCUAUAGUAUCACCGUCCGUCUCCGCAACAUGACCAAGGAGGCCGGCUACACUCUUAACACAGUUCCUCUACCUGCACCCGAUGCGCUGAAGAUCCUCACCGAGCAAGACCACGUGUUCCUGUUUUGGAAAAGCCUGGCAGUCAAGGAGCGGGGUUUCAACGAGAGUCGUGGCUACGAGGUGUGUGUGUAUGACAGUGUGAGUAACGCUACCACAUCGCUGGGAAACACCACCGAGACCUUCUUCAGGAUCAGUAACCUGCUAGUGGGACACAACUACACAUUCUCAGUGCGCGCUCGCUGCUUGGUGAACGGCCAGCUCUGUGGUGAAGCUGCGGUGUUGCUGUAUGACGAGCUGGGGAGUGCAGGAGCAGGUCCCAGUGACCCAGCUGCACACUCAGGCCGUUCAGGUGACACAGCAGCCGUGGUGGUGCCGGUGCUCUUCGUGCUGCUGCUGUGUGUAUGUGGAGGUCUCGUGGCUCUGUACGUGCGUCACCGCCGCCUUCAACACAGCUUCACCGCAUUCGCCAACAGCCACUACAACUCGCGCCUUGGCUCGGCCAUCUUCUCUUCAGGAGAUGAACUUGGCGACGAUGACGAGGAUGACCCCAUGAUUGGCGGCUUUGCAGACGACGUUCCCAUGGUGAUCGCAUAGUCACGUAGUCGAGCCACUAUGCCCAUUCCCUGUGACUCGCUCUCCCCUCGCCUUCUGUUCGUCUCCCGUCGUUUUUCAAGUGUAUCCCUGCAGUAUACCUCCACCCCAAUCGGCUGACUCCACCCCCAUCUGGGAUUUCAGGAUUCAUGGAAAGAAAGAAAGGAGAAAUCAAAACAAAAGAGAUAUUUUUAAAAAAAAAAGUCUAUGAUGCACUUUUUCGGAUGCGCAAUAGCUUAUUUUUUUAUAUAUAAUAUAUCAUCAUUGCGGGUGAUGGACUUUGCAGCCAGAAGAAAACGCAAACGAGCAGAAGCAAGCUGUGAAGAGGUUCGUCAUCUGGGCUCAGUGGACCCUACAGUCGCACCAAAUCUCACACACACUGGAGCGUUGCAUUCGCUUAAAAAGCCUAAAUAAGCACCUAUCAACUAUCCACACGAAGAUUUAAAACAAAAAACAGCAACACAGUCAAACAUAUAAAUGUACAAAUGAAAAAAAUGGACCUAUGAAUGGCAAAUUUAAAAAAAAAAAAAAGGGAAAGUGGUACUUAGGCUGUUGACCGUGAAUUGCACAUGAAUUGAUUGUUCUAUAUUCUUUUAUCGUGCCACUUUGUCAGUAGACGUGUAUAUUUCCCCAUCGUACAUUAACGUUAACAUUUAACAUUUUAAUGUUCAGAUCUGCUUCUCUUUUUAACGUGUCGACAUAUCGCUUCAGAAUCUGUAUAGAUGUAUUUUUCUGCUUGUGGAAAAUGUGAACUCGCCUUGUGUUUUGACAAUAACCAGAUUUCUUUUCCCCUUCCCUUUCUGGCUAUAAUGCUGAAUCACUGUAAGACAUUGAAAAGGGUUUAUUGGUUAUCUCUUCAGUUGUUCCCAGAGUAUUGGGAGUGUUUAGUUUCCAAAGCUGACCCAUGUUCCCCUUGCUGAUAAAGCUUUCCCAGAAUUUGGCAUAGAACUUUUCAAAAUGGCACUGAUUUCUCUUUACGUUGUUUUAUUGUUUUUUUUUUUUUUUGCAUCGAAUUUUCAGAAGUAAUGGUGUGCCCAUUAACGGUCAUCGUAACAGUCUUUUGAUGUUCUCAGGGAAGCGUAAGUGUGUAUGAGCGUGCGUGUGUGUGUGUGUGUGAGGGCAUGAUACCAGUGUUAUCAGCCUGUGUAAGUGGUGAGGAUGUUUUUCUCUCUGAGGCAGUCAUGCAGCGCAGCAGCUUUGUCUUUACACAUCAGUCAAGACUUCAUCACAUCUUGUGCCAAAAGCAGAGAGAAGAUUAUAUUUAACAGUUAUUCCACAAAAUCAAGUCGUACGUGAGGUGAGCGUAGCACUGAGUCGGCUAUAACCCAUGUGCGGCGAGAUUGAGUGGAAUAACUGUAAUUCGAUCCACAUUCACUGGAUUUUGAGAAACGGAGCAUUUUUAUUUUGAUUUUUUGCAAAUUCGAUAAAUAAAACCUUUAUACAAAACGUCCGACAAAAUAGUUUCCGCUCAGUCGGACUUCUUAAAAGCUGCACGAAUUGACUUUAGUGGGGUUUUUUUUGUUUGUUUGUUUGGGGGUUUUUUUUGUAGAAAGUGCCGUUUCGCUGUCGUGCUGCCGAGGUAAAGAAUAGCUUUAGGCCCUGUCCACAUGGCAACGGAUUCAGGUGAAUCUGAUAAAAUUGUUUAUCGUUUCGGCCUGGCGUCCACACGGCACCGGCGUUUUGGGUGCCCCAAAACAAAAUCUUUUGAGAACGGGUUCCAGAGUGAAAAAAUCUGGCAACGGCGCCGUUGCAAAGUCGUCUGGAUGAGUAGAAUGGAUUUGUUUACGAUGACGUCACAACCACAUGACUGUCAGUGCUUCACGCCGGGUAGAAGUGUAACGAACUCGAUGUGAGUUGUCAACAAAUCCUAUAACUUGGUUCAUGAAACGCGCUUACAAAAUAUUUUCACUGUGAAUAUUUAUUGUGUAAUGGUGCAAAGAGAGAGAGAGAGUGAGAGAGAGAGAGAAUAGCCUUAGGGCAGAGUCUUUAGUCCAAACACUGCGGAAGCAGUACCAAACCGCGCACUGCCCGUGCGCUUUCCAAAAACAAAAACAAUCCCGCCAGCAAAAAUAGGAAAAAAAAAGGCACGAUCUCACCUCUUCAGAUGUUGGUUUAAGUCCGACAAUACAUUCCUCAAAAAGGGCGUAGAAGAACAAAGUAAUCCAUCAACGUGUAGCAUUCAAUUUAUUCCGGACCAUUAAAGAAUUCUGAAGGAUAUCAGAAUGUUGGCAUACCGGCUUCCAUCUACCCCCAUUCAUUCCUCUUUCCGCGUCUUUCGUUUUACGCUACUGAUUAAUAAUCAAAACUUUAUGUGGCUGAUGCUACAGAAGAAGGGGUUUAUGCGCAUGCGUCUACUACUUCUAUUGUUCUGGUGUCUCCGAUGGGACCGUCUUACAGCGCACGUAGAGGUGUGGCAUGCGUAUUGCAUCGUUUUCAGCAAGCGUUGCGUUGCCAUAUGUACCUGAAAUUUUACUGAUCCGUUGCCCAUGUGGACGCGAUAUUUAAAAAAAAAAAAAAAUCUCGUUGCCGUUGUCGUGUGGAUGUAGCCUAAGACGUUUAUUUAUUUCUUCCUUGGACAUUUCAGUUGUGUAAUUUUCAAACUUCUUCUUUGAGCUUUUGAACCAGUUUAAAAAAAAAAUUCAACUGAUUUUAAUGCUUAAACAUAAAGAACGUAAACAAACCGGCAAAACGACAGGAGCAAUUUGUGAAUAAUGUGAUGAUUAAUAAUAAUUCUGGGCGGGAAAAAAAAAAAGAUACGUUCUUACCAUCAAAUACUUUCCUUCUAUAUUUUGUUGCUUUUUUUUGUGGUUUCGUUUUCAAGUCGAGUUUUUAUUUCGUCCUUGGUUGAUUCAGCAACGCGCGCCGCCAUUUUGUUUUUCUCUCCUCGUGGUAUAUGAGCUGAUAUCCUAGUAGUAGAGUAGCCAAUCAGAGCACACGAUUGCUCAUAUCCAGUGAAUGCUGAUAGAAUAAAUGAAUGAAUGAAUGAAUGAAUGAUAUUAGCCUGACUGUUGUAUAUCAGACUCAGAAACAUGUUGAAUCUCCUUGAUAUCGGGUACUGCUCGCAAGCUUUGUUCAUGAAUGUACUUUUAUAUGUAAUUUUUGAGUUAAUAUUGCAAACGAUCACACUGAUUUACACAGCCCAUCAUUUGUUUUUGUUUUUUUCCUGAAUUGAAACCUGUCCUUUUUCACGCUGGAGUCAGGUCCAGGCGGUACGAGUGCGCUGAUUUAUCCAUUCACGUCAUAUCUGCUUUCUGUACUUAGCUAUGAUUCCACUUCUCCUUAAACUUCAGCUGUGUGUUUUGAAAUAUGCGUAACUGUUUUUUCUCUUUCAGCUGUAGACAUGACUGCACAGAUCCACUUGCACAAUUGUAUCAUUCCCAAUGAUCGAGUUUGAGUUUGCGUUCCUGAGUCUGGCACAUAUGCUGCCUUAUUAUUAAAAACAGAUUGAUUUGUACAGUCGAUUGUCACUUUAUUAAAAACGAAGCCCAAACUCUACGAAGAUGACUGCAACUUAGAAUGGUCAGCUGUAUUGUGUUCCACAGACGCACCAGGUUGAGUUCUGAGCCACCAACCCGACGAUAUUUGUCAUCAUCACUCUGUAAGUCUUUGUGGCUAUGUGUGAAUUUUGAAACCCACUGUUUUGUGAAAUCGGAUGUUUACUUCUGCACAGUAAUGACAUCCAGCACAACCAUGUUGUGAUUCGAUUCCGCUUGCCUGUGGAGGGUUUUGCGGACAUGAAUCUUGUGAAGAGGUACCGUCAGAGGUGCCUUAAGAACCACUUAUGCUCAAAUAAACACGUGGAAACUGUUGAAACCGGCUCUUCCUGCUCCGUGUGCUUAAAUUAUUAUUAUUAUUAUUACAUAGUUCCCUGCAAACCUUAUGUAUGCUUUUCAAUGGUAAACUGUGCAAAGCUGCUUCAUCUCAGCAUUUCUAGGCUACGUCCCAAACCAUAUACUACUCCACCAAUCGGCAUGUCCGAAUACUAUUUGCGAUGGUGUACUAUUAUGACAUGCUAUUUAGCAGAGUGGAAGCGUCAGGGCCUUCUAGGCGUUCAGAGAAGGCCCAAACGUAUCAGCAUUUCAAAUGUUAUAUUUAAUUUCUUUCAUUUUUUCAUCAUUUCAUGAUCCUUAUUCUCUUCUAAUUCUAAUACAGCCUCAUUUUCUAUCAAAUGUGCUUCAGAAAUGAAAGGGUUACUGUCCUGAAAACAUUAAAAUCGAGUUAUCCAA